UACUGAACACACAAGUUGAUUUCCUCACUAUCACUGUGUCUGAACAGGAACGAUGAUCUCACUCUUUGUGGCGCUUUACUCUCUGCUUUGUCUCUGCACAGCUGUAAAAACAUCUGACAUCAAGGAGCUUCACAUGAAAACAGUAAAGAGUGGAGAAGAUGUAAUUAUAGCGUGUGAUCUCAGUCUGAUCACAGACAAAAGUAAAGUAGUCUGGUACAAACAGAGUUUUGGAAAAAUGCCUCAGUUUUUUGCAAAAUAUUACGGGACAAAUAGCUACAGAUUGGCUGAUGGAUUUAAUGAUAAUCGCUUCAGUUUUGCUGUAAAUGAACAUGAGUUUAAUCUCAACAUUAAGAACCUGAGAAAAGAUGAUGGAGGAGAAUAUUUCUGUGGAGAAAUUGAGAAAACUACAAUAAAGUUCACAUCUGGAGCACUUCUGCAAUUUGAAGAUAAAGAGAUGAAACUCUGUCCUUCACCUGGACCAGAAAUCAAGACCACAGAUUCUGUUAUACACCAGAAUUCAACCAGCAGAGGAGAUGAUUCUUGGAUGAUUUACACAUUAACGACCUUCAGUAUAAUAUCUGUUAUUGUAAUCAUGGUUCUGGUUGGUGUUUUAUUUAAAAGUCAAAGAAAAGGUGCUUCAUCAAGAAACCCUGAAAUCAGCAGCAAUCAGGUAAUCCAGUCUUCUAUUCACUGUGAUUCUAUUCUGAUAAAGAAAUCCACAUCUGACCUACAAUCCACAAUGUACAGAGAAUUUUACUAAACCAUUUACUAAAUAUCAAUGGACUCAUUCUUUUUAGUCUUUAAUCCACUCUGGUGUAUAAACACCUCUUGUUCAAGAAUCAAGAAUCAAAGGUUGCUUUAUUGACAUUGCAAAUAUGGACAUUUGUGUUACUA